AAGUUCAUCCAUUUUAAGAAAUUGAUAAUCCAGAUUUAGAAGAAGAUCUCGAGAAUCUCGAUAAUGUUUUCCUUUUCUUCCAUCGCCCACAAAAUUAGUAGCCCUCUAUUACGACUCUACCAUCCUCCUUUCUCACUGCCAUUAUUACCCAGCAGCCGCCGCCAUAAUCUAUUCUUUCUAUCCUCCUCCUCAACCGGAAGAAACAAUCGACUAUCUUCUUCUUCUUCCAAAAUGGGUGGCGAUAUGGGAAUCGUCAGAAACGCCGAGGAUCUGGUACAGUCCGUAAUGAAAUCUAACGACGCUUCUCACGAUCCUGCUCAUGUUUUCAGAGUCCGAGACCUUGCUCUUUCUCUUGCAGCCGAGGAGGGCUUAUCUUCUUCUCCCGACUCAAUGCUAAUUGUUGAAAUUGCAGCUCUUCUUCAUGAUAUAGGAGAUUACAAAUAUGUAAGUAAUCCAUCAGAGGAGAAAAUUGCUGAGGACUUUCUUGAUAAUGAGGGUAUAGAGGAGAACAAAAAGUUGAAGAUUUUAAGCAUCAUAAAGAGAAUGGGUUUCAAAGAUGAACUUGGAGGAAAUGAAUACAUUGAAGGUGAUAAAGAAUUUGGGGUUGUUCAAGAUGCUGACCGCCUUGAUGCAAUUGGUGCUAUGGGAAUUGCACGAUGUUUUACUUUUGGUGGAAGUAGGAAGCAUAAGCUCCAUGACCCUGCGAUUAAGCCAAGGUUAGAUUUGUCAAAGGAAAGUUAUAUGAAUAAGGAGGAGCAAACUACUAUAAAUCACUUUCAUGAGAAGCUUUUGAAGUUGAAGGAUUUAAUGAAGACCGAGUCUGGAAAGAGGAGAGCUGAAAAAAGGCACAAAUUCAUGGAGACUUUUGUGCAAGAGUUCUAUGAAGAGUGGGAUGGGAAAGCCUAACUAUAAUAAGCAAAGUAAUCCUUUUCCACAUUCUAUUAUUCUGUUGAUUUUUUUUACUGAAAUAUUUCUUAGAGAUGAAAUAAACAGUUUAAAGUAAUUGAUGAGGAGAUGGGAAAGAAGAACAAUUUUGAAGAGUAUGACAAUUGAGGAUGUGGAGUAGAAUAGAAUGCAAUUCAUUGGUUAUGAUUUUCAUUAGUGACGCUCACCCUCAGCGUGCACCAUCGUCGUAAAACAUUGAACUGGUUACGAUUUUAUUUUAUUGAAUUUUGAUGAUGAAUUAUUUAAUCUUAAGAUAAAUUAUUUAGCUAAUUAAGAUUAUGUUUGGUUACUCUAUGAUUAUGGAGCCAUGUUGAACACAUUAUUGAGUAGUGCAAUUAUUUUGGCUUUCA